CAGAUGAUACAUACUCUUGCUUUAUUUCAAGACAGCAGAGAAAAGUCUUGUUCAACUUAUACUUCUUUGUACAGUAAAUCAUAUUCUUAUCAAUCAGGAUUAUUAUUACAAGGUUUGUUAAAGGAUACUUAUGGAAGAAGCGAUUUAUGGUUUCAAGAUCUUAAAUUGAAUCCAUAUCCUGUUACUGUUAUUGAUUUAAGUCGAAAAAAGGUUCGUACCUUAUUACAUUCAUCACAGGAUGAUGACAGUCAUUCAAAUUCAGAAUCACAAUCUUUAAAACAUGAAAGUUCUCUUCAGACAGUUACUGAAGUAGGAAAAUUAAUUCCAGAUAUGUUGCGGGAGUGUCGGAUAUUUAAUGAAGAACCAGCUAUUCAAGAAAUUUAUGCCAAACAUUUUUCGCGAUAUAUGUGGCUCACUGCAUCUUCACUUAUUAAAAUGACAGAUAGAUAUAGAGAAUUAAAUAUGACUACUACACCAACAAUCUUGAAAAAUAUUUUUAAGCAGUCCAACAGUACAGAUUUGAGGGUGAUUAUUGGAAGUGCAGAAAAGUUAAGGCCUGGCAUCUGCACACUUAUAAAUGAAAAAUAAUAUAAUGUUUGUUAUUUAUUAAAUAAAUCUCGUUUGUAAUAAUGAUUAAUUUUUUCAUAAUGAAAAGUUUCAUAAAUUCUCAAAUAUGCUAACAUAUAAUUUGUGUUUGGAUCUAAUAAAUUGCAGUUUGUUAAUUUUUGUUCUUUUACUUGACUGUAAAAAAUUACAAUUCAAAACUUAAUUUAAAACGUUCGUAUAAUUUAAUAUUUCUUAUGUCAUUGGUGCAACUAACAAACUAUCAAACAAUUUAUUACAGAUGCUAACUUUUUAUUUCUGAUUUUGUAGUUC